AUGCCGCCUAAGAAGACUCGUUUUACGACUCUUGAUUUGAAAGCAUCUAUUGCUGCAGUUCGAAAACGUUUUCUUGGUAUUCGGGUUGUUAAUAUUUAUGAUGUUGAUAAUAAAACUUAUUUAAUAAAAUUUUCAAAACCGGAUGAUAAAGGAGUAUUACUUAUUGAAUCAGCUCUUCGUAUACAUACAACGGAAUUCGAUUGGCCUAAAGGUUUAAUUCCAUCUGGUUUUGCUAUGAAACUUCGAAAACACUUGAAAUCUCGUCGAUUAGAAUCAAUUGAACAAUUAGGUAUUGAUCGUAUUGUUGAUUUACAAUUUGGUAGUGGUGAAGCUGCUUAUCAUCUUAUUGUUGAGCUUUAUGAUAAAGGAAAUAUUAUUCUAACUGAUUUUAAUUAUAUGAUUUUAACAUUAAUUCGAAAACGAACAGAUGCAACAACUGAUGAAAGAUUUGCUGUUAAUGAAAAAUAUCCUAUUGAAAGUGUAAAACAACCAGAAGACCUUAUUUCAUUAGAAAAAUUAAUUGAAGUAUUGAGUACAUCGAAAGAAAAUGAAUCUAUUAAAAAAAUACUUAAUCCAAUUUUACCUUUUGGAUCAGCCGUAUUGGAUGAAUGCUUAUUGAAAGCUGGAUUAAAUACUGAAAAUUCUAUUAUUGGUAAAACAUUUAAUAUUGAGCAAAAUGCUCCUAAAUUACAUGAACAAUUAACACAAGCAAUGAAUUAUUUAAAAGAAGCAGAUACUGGUGAAUGUAAAGGAUAUAUAACUUAUCGACAAGAAGGUUCAGCAGGUCUUCUUAGUUAUGAAGAAUUUCAUCCAUUUUUAUUUCAACAAUUUCAAUCGAAAUUAUAUCUUGAAUUACCAACAUUUGAUCGCGCUGUUGAUGAAUUUUUCUCUAAACUUGAAGCACAACGAGUAGAUGGACAAAUUGUACAAAAAGAAAAAGAAGCUUUGAAAAAACUUGAAAAUGUUAAAAAAGAUCAUCAAAAACGUCUAGAUGAAUUACAAGCAAAUCAGAGUGAAGAUGAACGUAAAGCAUAUUUAAUAGAAAUAAAUGCUGAUCUUGUAACUCGAGCGAUGGCAGCAAUUAAUACAGCCGUAGCUAACCAAAUGAGUUGGCCAGAAAUUGAAGAACUUGUUGAUGAAGCUAAACAAUCAGGUGAUCUAACUGCAAAAGCUAUACAAGCUAUUAAAUUCGAUAUUAAUCAUUUAACAUUACUUCUUAAAGAUCCGUUUGGAGAUGAUAAUGAUACGGAAAAAAAAUUUAGUGGACCUGUUAAAAUUGAUGUUGAUCUAUCAUUAACUGCAUUUGCAAAUGCAAAAAGAUAUUUUGAACAUAGAAAGCAAUCUUCACAAAAACAUAUACGUACAUUAGAAGCUGGUGAAAAAGCUAUUAAAUCUGCAUCUAAACGAACAAAUCAAUUACUUAAAGAAGUUGAACGUGUAGCAACUGUAACAAAAGCUCGAAAAGUUUUUUGGUUUGAAAAAUUCUAUUGGUUUAUUAGUUCAGAUAAUUAUAUUGUAUUAGGUGGUCGUGAUCAACAACAAAAUGAAUUAUUAGUUAAACGUCAUUUACGUGCUGGUGAUUUAUAUGUUCAUGCUGAUUUACAUGGUGCAACAAGUGUCAUCAUUAAAAAUCCAACUGGAAAUGAAGUACCACCACGAACUUUACAAGAAGCAGGAAUAUUAGCUUGUUGUCAUAGUGCAGCAUGGGAAGCAAAAGUACCAGCACCUGCUUAUUGGGUUAAACAUGAUCAAGUAUCAAAAAGUGCCCCAACAGGAGAAUAUAUUACAACUGGUGCUUUCAUGAUUCGAGGCAAAAGAAAUUAUUUACCAAGUACACCUUUAAAUUUUGGUUUUGCUCUACUUUUUAAAUUUGAUGAAAGUGAUCAACCAGCUAUCGAUCGACAUAGUGACGAACGAAAACCAAAAACAGCUUUAGAUGAACAACAUUCAAGACAAACAUCAACUAUUGAAACUCAAGAAUCCGUUGAAGAAACUCUAUUAGAAGUAUCUGAUAAUGAUGAUGAUGAUGAAGAGGAGGAAAAUAAACCUGAUGAACAACAAGAAACACCUGUUGAAGAAACACAAGAGCCAAAAGCUCAGCCUCCACCACCAUCAUCUUCAUCAGAAGGAGAAGAUGAAGACGAAGAAGAAGAAACAUCUGCUUAUCCUGAUACUCAAGUAACAUAUUCCGAAGAAAAACCAAUUCAAACUAAUACAAAUGAAAAGAAACAAACUAAAGCUCAUCAACAACAACCACAAAAACCAGCGGCUAAAUCAAAUAAUGAAAAUCAACCAAUAAAACGUGGUCAAAAAGCACGCUUGAAAAAAAUCAAAGAAAAAUAUAAAGAUCAAGAUGAAGAAGAUCGACAAGUUCGAAUGCAAUUGUUAGGUUCAGCUGGUAAUGAAUCAAAAAAGAAACUAUUGCUAGAACAACAACUACAAAAAGAGAAACAAAAAGAGAAACAAAAAAUGCAAAGUAAAGACAAUAGAAAGAAGAAUGAAUCAAAUCAAUCUCGACCACAAUCAGCAGCUACAGGUGCAACAGCUAUCGAUGAAGAUGAAGUUGAACAACAAGAAGAUGAAGACGAAAAAGCUAAACGGUUAUCAGAAGAUGCUCGUUUACUUUCUACUCUAACUGGUCAACCAGUACCUGAUGAUCCGUUAACAAAUGUGAUCGGUGUUUGUGCACCUUGGGUUACAUUAAAUAAUUAUAAAUACAAAGUUAAAAUUUUACCAGGUGGUCUUGGUAAAAAAGGCAAAAAUGUUCAAGCUGCUUUAAAAUUAUUUGCAAUGGAUCGAACAGCAAGUCAAUUAGAAAAAGAUCUUCUUAAAACAGUGAAAGAUCAAGAAGUAACACGAAAUUUACCGAGUGGAAAAGUUAAAUUUGUUUUACCUUCUUAUCUUAAAUUGAAAUAA